CAUUGACUUUGUUUGUGGAAUCAACAUGAUGGAAAUUUCUGAUAAAGUUUCCGCUAGUUGGGAUGAAAUUACACCUAGAACAAUUCGAUUGUCUUGGAGAAAGAUUCUACCCAUUUAUCCUGACGAAGGCAGUCAGGAACCUGCUGGCAUCACAGAAUCAGGAGAGUCAUUUGAAGAGCCUUCUUCUAAUUUGACCCCUCUCUUCUCUGCUUUGGGUUAUGAAAUGACUUCAACAGAAAUUGAGGAGUGGUUAAUGGUAGACAAUUUGGAUCCUGGUUACACUCAUUUGGAUGAUGAUGAAAUUGUCACUGAAGUCUUGGCUCACGGUCGUGAUGAAGAGACUGCUGCAGAUGAAGAUGAAAUGCAAAGUUCUGAUCAUGAUUCAAGCACAAACCAGUCUGGCAUCUCUCAUGGCAGUGCAUUUCAAAUGCUCUCUGAUUGUUUGACAUGGUUUCGGGAACAGACAGAAGCAACUCAAUACAGCUUGAGUGUUCUUCGGAGCCUACGUGACCUUGCAGCUAAAAAGAGACUAAGCACUCUUGAACAGACGCGGGUGACGGACUACUUUGAGAAAUGAGUUGCUUUUGCUUGUUGUUGGGUUACCUACUUAGUUAGUUGCGUUGCAAGAAUUCUUGUCCCUGCGUAGGCAUGUAAUUGUUGACAUAUGUAUGCGCAAACGGUCUGGAUUGUCAAGGCUAUGUCUGGGUCUCCAAGGCUUCGUAUUUU